AUGACUGGACCCAAGGCAUACCUGAUCUACUCAAGCAGCGUGGCAGCAGGAGCUCAGAGUGGCAUAGAGGAGUGCAAAUACCAGUUUGCAUGGGACCGCUGGAACUGCCCCGAGCGAGCUCUGCAGCUAUCCACGCACAGCAGCCUGCGCAGUGCAAAUCGAGAGACGGCGUUUGUCCACGCCAUCAGCUCAGCUGGCGUUAUGUACACCCUAACCCGGAACUGCAGCCUUGGAGACUUUGAUAACUGCGGCUGUGAUGACAGCAGAAAUGGACAACGAGGUGGUCACGGGUGGCUCUGGGGUGGCUGCAGUGACAAUGUUGGCUUUGGUGAGGCCAUCUCCAAACAGUUUGUUGAUGCUUUAGAGACUGGACAGGAUGCACGGGCAGCCAUGAAUCUCCAUAACAAUGAGGCUGGGCGCAAGGCUGUGAAGGGAACCAUGCAGAGGACAUGCAAGUGCCAUGGCGUGUCAGGAAGCUGCACAACUCAGACCUGUUGGCUGCAGCUGCCAGAGUUCAGAGAGGUGGGGAACUACUUGAAGGAGAAGUACCACAGGGCGCUGAAAGUAGACCUUCUGAGAGGAGCGGGGAACAGCGCGGCCAGCAAGGGGGCCAUCGCCGAGACCUUUAGUUCCAUCUCCCGUAAGGAGCUGGUCCACCUCGAGGACUCUCCUGAUUACUGCCUGGAAAAUCGCACUCUGGGUUUGCCUGGCACUGAGGGCCGCGAGUGCCUAAAGAAAGGCAAGAACUUGAGCAAAUGGGAGAAGCGAAGCUGCAAGAGACUAUGUGGGGAGUGCGGCCUGGCUGUGGAGGAGCGUAAGGCUGAGAUGGUGUCGAGCUGUAAUUGUAAAUUUCACUGGUGCUGUGCGGUAAAGUGCGAGCAGUGCAGAAAGACAGUGACCAAGUACUUUUGUGUGAAAAAAGGAGGUCAGAGGGGAAGAAGCGAGAGCGCCGGGAGCCGCAGGAAGAACCUCAGACUGAGGAAGAAGCACUGAGGAUCUUAAUGAUUUCUUGCAGCUCCCCGGCAGAUUCUUUUUUAGAUAGUUUGUUUUGGAUAAAAGGAUGAUCUCAGACCGUCGUCAGUGUCCACAGCGUUUUAAAAGUAAACACAACGGCCACAAGAUAGAGGAGAUGAGAAGGGUUUUAACA